ACCUGUCCCCGGCGGCUUUACGUCAUUGGUCCGUUGAGAAUUUAACAAACAUUUGCCUUUAUUUAUACUUCUUUAAAUUUUGUUUUAAAGGAAAUAAAUCUUUCAUUAGACAGCCCUCGGUCACCGUCUCCAACAGUCGGGUUCGACUUGCUGAUAGGCUUCGCGCGGGAGAGCGACAGGGCAUAUGAUUUGCACGCGGGAGGGAAGACGGACUUGGCGCUCGGACCGGGGUUGAUUCAGAAUGGCUGCUGGAAAAGCCGUGAUUGGGAAGUUGGCUCCUGAUUUUGAUGCUACCGCUGUGAUGCCUAAUGGACAAUUUGAACAACUCCAGCUAUCUAAAUAUAGAGGAAAAUAUGUAGUCUUCUUUUUCUACCCACUUGAUUUCUCCUACGUGUGUCCAACUGAGAUUAUUGCUUUUAGUGAUCGUGUCGAAGAUUUCAACAAGGUUAAUUGCGAAAUAAUUGCUGCUUCUACAGAUUCCCAUUUUGCUCAUUUAGCUUGGAUCAACACCCCAAGAAAGCAAGGAGGACUUGGUCCAACAAAAAUCCCUUUAGUGUCAGAUCUCCGUCGCACAAUCUGUAUAGAUUAUGGUAUCUUAAAAGAGGAUGAAGGCAUUGCUUUCCGAGGUUUGUUCAUCAUUGAUAAUGUUGGUAUACUGCGUCAGAUAAUGAUCAAUGAUUUGCCUGUUGGGCGUUCAGUGGAUGAAGUGAUGAGGUUGGUUCAAGCAUUCCAAUUUACAGAUGAACAUGGAGAAGUUUGCCCUGCUAAUUGGAAACCUGGUGGUGAAACCAUCACACCAUGAUGUAGAAAAGAG